UGGGGAAGAUCCUCGCAGGCAACGUAAGCGACACCAACGCUGCUUCUGAAACUUCAAUCUGAUACAGGUCACUGUAUUGCUUGCCUUGACCGUGUUUUGGAACGACGAAUCUAAGAUAAAUUCCAGAAAAUGCUGAGUACAAAAAGCCUUCUACUUUCUUUCGCGCUUGUAGGCGUUACCAGCGCGUUUGUCGCUCCCAAAGCACCAACCUUUGGGACAACGCGAUUCCCGGUGAGCAGCACUUCGUUGGACGCCUACAAGAAGGUUUUUGUCGCCGGAGGAACACGCGGUGUCGGACGCUGUAUUGUUGAUCAACUUUUGGGACAAGGAAGCGAAGUAGUCGCCUUGGUCCGCAGCGAAGACGCGCUGAAAGAGCUCAACGCGAUCGAAGGUGUUACUGCAAUUCGGGGAGACGCCUUUGAGCAAAAGGCGGUGGAGAAUGCAAUGGAUGGAUGCGACGCCGCUAUUACGACUCUCGGAGGUGCCACCAGCGACGGAGGCAAGCGCGUUGAUUACGACGGAAACUCCAAUGUCAUCGAAAGUGCUGGAAUUUUGGGAGUAACUCGAGUGAUUCUCGUUACUAGCGUAGGUUGCGGAAGUAGUAAGGAAGCGGCUCCACCAAACGUCUUUGAGGCUUUAAAAGAAGUUCUGACUGCUAAAGAAAAGGCUGAGAAUGUCUUGAUCAAAUACUACACCAACAUGAAUUGGACGAUCAUUCGUCCGGGAGGUUUGAAGAGCGAGCCGGCGACCGGCAAGGCUAUUUUAACCGAAGAUACAAGAGCGAUUGGAACGAUUCAUCGCGAGGAUGUCGCUGCUUUGGCCAUCAAGGCGCUCAACUCGUCCAACACGGAGCGAAAAGUUCUGACUGCCAUCGACCCCAGUAUUGAUAGUGCCGUCUCGGAUGGAAAACAAGUUGAAGCGUUUGCGGUGUAGAUUUUAUGCAUAUUUGCUUUCCGUAAAGCUAAUACAAACGAAAGCAGAACUAUCUCGUGCCGUCACUCCCGCAUUCCCUGCAAGGCCGGACGAAUACGGCUAGCUAACUGUAAAUGUUGUUGAAUCUUUUUGCUCGGCAGAUUUCUUCAGCACUUGUUCCAUUUUCUCUUUUCCAAUCACAUCUUCCAAACUCAUUUCCAAUAUGUUUCCAUCUGUAAAAGUCUUAAUUUGUUCACCAGCCGUUUCCGCAAUGCUAUUCAAAUCGAAUUCACCUUCAUCAAAGUAGCCUAGUCGGUCAGCAAUCAAGUGCAAGUUUUGACAGCCCGGACAGCGCACAAUGACCACGCCUCGAUUAUACGCUUGUUCGCUAAAUUGCUUGGCACUACGUGUGUUACAAACAGUACACGUGAAGACAAUGGCCAGUUUGCGGCCUCCCGUCUCGGCCCCGGGAAUUUUCAAUUCGUAUGUACCUGCAGAGUCGACAGGGACAUCCAGUGGUGUGCUGAUUGGACGUGCAAUUCCCUUCUCCUUCUCGUGGUCGGUCUUGCCGUCCGAGGAUGAGCAAAACGGCACGCAGGAUUUUCGACGAUUAUCAGUAAAGCGAGCAAUACCAAACGUGGAGAGCGGUCGAAGACGUGGCUCUGCCUGAGAAAGACUACAAUUGGACAAACGUCGCAAGGUUCGUUGUCGACUGUGAUCAGCUCCAUAACCAGCAGCAAUGGCCUUAAUUCGUAGCGGCAAAUGAAUACACCACCUCACAGUAGCGUAGGCAGUCUUGCAUGUAAAAGACGACAUCGUGACGAAAUACACGGGGGGGGGAGGCAACAGGAGCGCUGAUUUUUAAUUCGG